AUGCCGCUCCGCCGCGGCCUGCCCCUCCAUAGUCUUGCCUCCGUUCUUCAUAUCACCAGACACUCAGAUCACCACCUCACAAUGGCCAGCCUUCCCACGACCUUUGACAAGCCCGUCCACGUCGCCGUCAUUGGCGGCACUGGCCUCAGCCAGCUCGAGGGCUACACGCCCAUCGCCGCUCUGAACCCCGACACGCCGUGGGGCAAGCCAGCCUCACCCAUCCACAUCCUCUCCCACGGCGACAUCAACGUUGCCUUCCUCGCCCGCCACGGUCUUCAUCACCAGUUUGCUCCGCACGAGGUGCCCAACCGGGCCAACAUUGCCGCCCUCCGCAGCAUUGGCGUCCGCAGCGUUGUCGCCUUCUCCGCCGUCGGCUCCCUGCAGGAGGACAUUAAGCCCAUGGACUUUGUCCUCCCCGACCAGGUCAUUGACCGCACCAAGGGUAUCCGUCCCUUUACAUUCUACGAGGGCGGUGUCGUCGGCCACGUUGGCUUUGCCGAUCCAUUUGACAAGAAGCUGGCUGAUGUCGUCAAGACUUGCGCUGCUGCCAUGGUCGGCGACGGUGUGGUUCUGCACGACAAGGGCACUCUGAUCUGCAUGGAGGGCCCCCAGUUCUCUACCCGCGCUGAGUCGCACAUGUACCGUUCUUGGGGAGGCUCCGUCAUCAACAUGUCGACGCUGCCCGAGGCCAAGCUUGCCCGCGAAGCUGAGCUCUCGUACCAGGUCAUUUGCAUGGCCACCGACUACGACUGCUGGCGCUCGACCGAGGACGUCAAUGUUGAAAUGGUUAUCAAGUAUAUGCAAGCCAACAGCAAGAACGCCAAGCACCUCGUCAGUGCCGUCCUGGACCAGCUGUCGAAGUCUGAGCACACUGAGCUCGCUACCGCUACUCACUGGAAAGGAUCUGUUGAGGGUGCCAUCAAGUUCAUGACCAAGGCCGAGGGUCGCAGCGAGCAAGGCACGAAGAAUGUCGAAUACCUGUUCCCCGGCUUCUGGGCCUAA